AGCAAUAUGGAAAUCAUUCACAUUUCCCAAAUUACCCCUAGGGUUUUCCACCGUGCCUUUCAACACACACACUCCCGCAAACCCUAGAUCCCAAAACCCUAGCGUCUCCCCAGUCCCCACAACGUCCAAUCCAUCCAUCUAUGGCGCUUGACCGAAUCAGGCACCUGGCCUCCUGCGACAAAUCCACCAGAGACGAAGCCCUCCGCCUCCUGCAUACAUGGCUCCCUUCCCAAUCCCAAGUCUCCGAAGAAGACAUGAAGAAAGUCUGGAAAGGCCUCUUCUAUUCCCUCUGGCACGCCGACAAAACGCCAGUUCAAUCCGACCUCAUCGACCGCCUCGCUUCUCUCCUCACCACUCUCAACUUGCCCCUUUCAAUUCAUUAUUUUUCCGUCUUCCUCCUCACCAUGCGCCGUGAGUGGCCCGGUAUCGACGCUCUCAGGUUAGAUAAGUUUUAUCUCUUGAUUCGGAAAUUUAUGUACAAUUUUUUUCUUGUUUUGAAGAAUAAUUCGUGGGAUUUGGAGAUCUCGAAGAGAUUAAUUGUGGUAUUGGAGUUGGAGGAUGGGAGAUUCAGUGGGAAUGGUGUUGGGUAUCAUGUUGCUUCUGUUUUUCUUGAGGAGCUGAGGCCGUUUUUGCCGGUACGGAGAGAGAUUGUGAGUGUUUUGUUUGAGCCUUUUGUUGAGGUUAUGGGGAGGUCAGCGGAUAAGGUGUUGGUGGGGAAGGUGAAGUCGAAUGUGUUUGAUUUUUUGGUGAGGAUGGGUCAGAGAUUGUUGGAGGUGAAGAGGUUGGGUGGGGAUGAGGGUGGAGAUGGGGAUGCAGUGGCGUUUGGAACUUUAGCGGUGGCAUUUGGGUUUUCAAAGAAGUUCUAUGAGUUGGGUUCUGCCCCUGAUUGCCUUCAGGGGAAUAGGAAAGUCCUGUUUGGUUUGCAUGAGGGUUUUGCAAAGUUGGAGAAGGAUUUUGCAUCGGCACGUAUUGAAAUUUCUAUUCCUGAGGAUGAUAAUUGUGAUGAAGAUGAGCUACCGACUUUGAUCCCGAUUGCCCAGCCUGAGGUGGAAGUGGAAGGUGCUUCUGAAGUUGUUGAAAGUGUUGGUAAUGGCUCUGCUCGGAAGGCCUCGAAGAAAAGCAAGAAGCUUAAGAAAGUGUCUGGUGGAAGUGAUAAGAAGAAUAAAAUGAAGAAAAAAAAAAGUCCUGAUCUUGUUUCAGAAAACAGUGCUACAGUUGCGUACAAUGAAAAUGUAACUGUCCCAAACGAUGAGAACUCAAACUGUGAACCUUCAAGUGAUCAGAGUUUGAUAGACUUCAAUGAAUCUGUGAUUUCAAACCUCCAGAUGCAGUUUGAGAAGGUUGCUGCUGAAGUUGGUCUGGGUAAUGAGUUAAUGGGUUUGUGUGAUUCCCCUACAAGGCCAGUUAAUGGUACUGUCUCCAAGAAGAGAAAGAGAGCUAAGAAUAACAAUGAACAUGAUGUAAGUAGUCAAGGAGAUGAUGAAAGCAGUGCUCUUGCAAAGAGUAAAGGGAAGAGUGCCAAGAAGGUAAAGUUUUCCAUAAAAAAUAACUUGGUGUGGAAGCCCCAGAGUCCUUUACCUCCCCAAAGCUUGAGACUACCACCAUCUGUGACCCCUAGAGGCAGUGCCCUCAAGAAAGGGAUACCUCCUGGUCCUGUUAGAGAAAUGCCUCAGACAAAAAAGGUCAAGAAGAGAGCCAAGUCUCUGAAGAAAGGCCGGAAUGGAAUUAAGAGCAUUUCCCCAGCCAUAAAGCGUUUGAAGAAGUUACAAUCUCUUUCUAUUUAAUAGAUUUUAGGUGUUCGAUUAUGUUCCUUUUUUUUUGGGUUUUUUGAUAGGUUGUAGGAUUGUGCCUUUGUGCAUCAUAUCUCUUUAAUAUUUGGUUUUUACAGUUGAAUGGUUAAAAUCCCAAUAUGUGGUGCUCUUCUUUCAUGGCCAAGUCCUUGUUGAGUGAAAUACCAAAGUUGAGUGUGAUAUCUACAUUGAUUUCAUUGGCAUGUUGAGAUAAAUGAUGCUUAAUUA